AUGAAGGGUUCCAAGAAUAUAAAGAAGGAGCCUAAAGAAAUUGAUGUUGACGAACAUGCAGAGUUGUACUCAGCUAGGUUUGAUCUUAUCAAAUCUAGGGAAGCUUUACAACAAGCGAAUUUCGAGAAAGACGAGUUAACAAAAGAAAUAUUAGAAAAGCGAGAGCAAUUGCGGAAUUAUAAAGGCAUGAUCACAGAAAGAAACGAUCUUAUAUCAGAAAUCCAAGCACUUCAAUUGCAAUUAAAGCAGUCGAAUGAAUAUGCAGAUACGUUAUCAAAUGAAAAUAUAAAAUUACAUCGAGAGAUAUCUGCUUUACGCUCUAAAGUUGACUCUGGUUCGCUAUUGGACAAGAAUCAAACAGAGCAAUUCAAAAAUCUUCAACUUAAAUACCAAAAAAAGGCAGACAAAUAUCAUAAACUCAAAACUCAAUUCAAAAUAGAUCAAAAUCAACUAGAAAUACAUAAAAAUAAGCUCAGUUCACUUACUUUAGACAAUGAUGCAUCAAAUCUCAAGACAGAGCUCUUAAUAGAGGAAAUAACUACAUUAAAACUCGAACUUGCUGAAAAAGACAACGAUUAUGUUAAAAUGAAGCAUGAUACAGAGCAAAAUCUUCUUAAAGCUCAAUCUGCAUUGUCAACUCAUCAACUUCUAACGAAUGAAAAUGAGUUAUUACAGAAGCAAUUAGCAGAAAUCAGGAGGGAUAAGUAUAAUAUUGAUCAAGAAGCAAUUAAAUUACGAGUAGAGUUAGAAAAUGCAAAAAAUAGGAUUAGCGAAAUGGAAUUACGAGAAGAAUCCAAUAAGCAAACUAUCGCUGAAGAGCAUCAAAAGCGAAAUGAACAAGCAAUUAAAUUAACAAAGUAUAUUAGCGCAUCUCGUGAAAUGAGAUCGAUGAUUCAAGAUAAAGAUCAAACAAUAGGAGAUCUCAGAGCCCAAAUUUCGGAACAAGAUAACAAUCUAAGACAGAGACGCGAUGAAAUCGCUAAUUUAAAGUCAUCUUUGGCCGAUGCAUAUACUGCUAAAACAGAAUUAGCCCAAACAAAGCAAAAACUCAAUGAAUUAACAUUGCAAGCUGAAGCACAUAAGCAGAAGAAUGAUAUUCUCCAACAAUCAUUAGAUUCUCAGAUGCAAAUGAACAAAAAUCUUUCAUCCGAAAUCAUUUCAGCGAGAAAACAAGCAGCUGAUUUGAAUUCAAAACAUGAUAACUUGAAAUACGAAAUGUCAAAACAACAAUCAAGAUAUGAUACAGCUAUGCAGACUCUUCAAGACCAAAAUUCUAAACUCAACAAACAAGUAGAGAAUUAUAAAAAAGAAUUACAAAAUCAAAUGGAAGAUUAUGAAUCAAAAAUGCUCGGCCAAGCAGCAGAAUACGAGACAAAAUUAAAAGAACAGAAUGAUAGACUUACAGGUACAAUUAACCAACAACAAGAAGAGUUCAAUGCAAAACUUACUGACAUGGAUAGAAGAAAUCAAAUGCAAAGUCGUUCUUUAGGUGAUACUUUCAAAAAAGUGAAUGAUUUAACAAAUGAAGUAAAUGAAUUACAAAAGCUAAAGGAAGACAUUGCUCAAUUGGUACCUCAGAACAAUCCAGGAAAGGCUGAUCUUCUUGCUGAUGUCAAAUCUUUAGUUGAUACUAAAAAUGCAGCUGUUGAACAACUAAAAAGUGUCAACAAAGAAAUGAAAGCCGCCAAAACUAAAUAUGAACAAUUUAUGCAUGAUGUGUUGAAGUUACCUGUAUAUUCUUCUCCACCAACAUCAAUUUCUUUGGCUAAAGAAAUUACAUCAGCUCUUUCAGCUGCAUCAGAAAAAGUUUCAAAUUUGCAAAAAGAAAAAGAUGAUUUGAACUCAGAAAACGAGAAGAAGAAGUCAAUAUUUAACUCUUUACAAGGUAUAAUAGGAACAACACUUGCAACAAAUACUCCUAAUGCAUUACCACAAAAUUCAACAACAAAAAUAGAAGCAAUUUCUUAUGAAAAAAUUCCAGAAGUUUUGUCACAAAAAGUUUCGCAAAUUCAAGGUGAAAAUGCAAAAUUGAUGCAUAUUAUGAACCAAGCGAAGUCAUUUGUUGAAUUUGAUUUACCUGAGAAUCUUCCUGUUGCUCUUGCAAAAGAGAAAAGUGAUCAAAUGCAAUUGCAACAUAUCAUUUCUGAUAAAGAAAACGAAAUCAAGAGAAUAAAUGAAGUUUUGCAAAAAGAGAAAGAAAAUACUGAAAAAUAUGAAAAAGCCAAAAAAGAUAUGCUUAAACAAAUCGAUGAUAUCAAACAAGAGAAAGAAGAAAUCGAGCAGCAAAUGAAUAUUAUACAGAAACAAGUUUCUGCAAUUCUUCCUGGAGCAACUUCUUUCCAAGCUUUACCACAAGCUUUGACAACAAUUAACAAUGAAUUAGAAGCUGCCAAAACAAAUAGAGAAACAUUUAUAAGAGAUCUAUGUAGAGCUGUUCAUUGCGAUGAACCAAAAGAAACUAAAAUCCUUGAAACAAUUAAGAACUUGACACAAAAACUUGCAAAUGCUGAGGAAGGACAACAAUCAAUUGCAACUGUUUUAGGAGCAUUAACGAGUGGAGACCAGAAACAGAUUGUUUCCCAAAUCACACAGUUACAAGCCAAAGAAAGAUCACUUGAAAACUUAAAGACUGAAUUGUUGAAAGCAGAUCCAAGAGCAACUCCUGAAACAGCACCAAGAAUUAUCAAAGAACUCAAAGACAAUUUGCAGAAAGAAAAAGAAAAGAGAAUGAGUUUAGUUACUCAAUUAGGAACAGUUUUAGGAACUAAAGAAGAAGAAAAUCUUCCAAUUGCACUUAAUAAAUUAGUACAAGACUUGAAUCAACAUGUUUCUAUGCACACGAAUUUCGUUGAUGCUUUGGGAGGAAUCGUAAAAACAACUGAAGAAAAAGAAAUUCCAUUAGCUGUUAAAAAAGUCACAGAAGAUUUCACAGCAGAAAGAUAUCAGCACGCGCAGUUAUUAGGACAGAUUGGUGGACUUCUGAAUAUUAAUUCUCCAGAUGAUAAUGUUAUAUUUAAUGGUGUCCAAAGUUUAGUUCAAGAAUUGCAAAAAGAAAAAGCUAAAUCUUUAGAAUUAGAAAGAUGUCAUGCUAAUUUUGUUGAUUCUUUGAUGAAGAUAACAGGUGCAAACGAUGAGUCAGCAGUUCCUUCAGCAACAUCUUCUCUUAAGAACGCUUUGGAACAGACACAAGAACUUAUAAAUACAAUUGUUGCAAUUGUUACUCAUAAAAACAAGAAAGAUGUUAAUUUCUUGUUGCCUUUAAGCCCUCAAGUUACAGCAACUGUCACUGCCGCACUCAAUGAUUUAGUUAGGAAAUAUGAUAGUUUGAGAAGUGAUGCUGAUUUGGUCAUUAAAGAUGGAAUUGAAUUUGGUUACACCGGUUCUUCUGUUUCAGAAUGUGCUAAGUUUAUUACAGAACAAGAAGUAACAAAGAAGGCACAAGAAAUGCAUGAAGAUACAUUUGCAAAACUGAAACAAGUAAGAGAAGAGAAUGCUAAAGAAAGAGAGUUGCUAGAAAAGAGAAAUCAAGAAGCAAAUAGGAAAUUAGCUGAAUUACGUCAACAAAAGAUAGAACAGAAUGAAGAAGCACUUAAUAAACAAGCAGAACUUAGAACAGAAAUAGGAGAUUUGCAGAAACAAAUGAGAAAGGCUGCUAGUGAUGUUGAAGCUGCUCAAAGAUUAAGGUUUGAACUUGUUAGAUUAGCUGCAAAAGAAGUUUAUGAUAUUGGAACCCUUAAAGCUGGACUUACGGACUCCGAAAUUCGUAGACUUCAAUUAUAA